ACAUUAGACACACAUACAGAUUAAACCAAACAGGAAAAUAAAUAAAUAAUAAAUAAUAAAUAUAUAAAUAGUAGAAUAAAAAAUGACAGAAUAUUUUAAUGAAGAAAUAGAAAAUAAUAAUAAUAAUGAAUCAAGUGAUGAACCAAAAGAAAAAUGUGGAGUUUUUGGUAUUUAUGCACCAGAGUUAGAUGUUUCAAGAAUUACAUUUUUUGGAUUAGUAGCAUUACAACAUAGAGGUCAAGAGUCAUGUGGUAUCGCAACAUAUGAUGAGUUUCAUGCAGUUCAUUUAGAAACAGGUAUGGGUUUGGUAAAUCAAGUUUUCACAGAAACCAAUUUAAAACCAUUAAAAGGUAAAAUGGCCGUAGGUCACACACGUUAUUCAACUGCAGGUAAAUCAACUUUAAUUAAUGCACAACCAGUCAUUGUACAAACAUUACAUGGUCAAAUUGGUAUCGUACAAAAUGGUAAUCUUACAACAGCAAAGUCACUUCGUAAAGAGUUAAUGGAAAAGGGUGUUGGUUUCUUUAAGGACAGUGAUGUCGAAGUCAUUACACAAUUACUUUCAAAUAAUCCAAUGGGUAGUGAUCCACACAAGCCAAAUUGGGAGAGCAGAAUCUCAUACUUUAUGUCAAAAUGUGAAGGCGCUUACGCCCUCUGUCUUAUGACACCAAAUGGUCUCUAUGGUGUACGUGAUUUCCUUGGUAUGAGACCAUUGUGCAUCGGUUCAUUAGAGGUUCCAAGCAAAGAUGAUCCAACCAAAAUGGUCACUCGUUAUGUUAUGGCCUCAGAAUCAUGUGCCAUCACCACUAUUGGUGCUAAAUUUAUCCGUGAUGUUCGUCCAGGUGAAAUCGUACAUAUCAAUGAGGACGGUAUCAACUCGUUCAUUGGUCGUGCCCCAUCAGAUAACCCAGCCCUCUGUGUAUUUGAAUAUGUAUAUUUUUCACGUCCAGAUUCAUCAAUGGAAGGUCAACUUAUUCACAGUGUACGUCAACGUAUGGGUGAAACAUUAGCACGUGAAGCUCCACCACCAUCCACAUGCUCAUCACAAGACACCAUUGUUAUUGGUGUACCAGACUCAUCACUCCCAGCUGCCAUAGGUUAUGCUAAACAAUCCAGUAUUCCAUAUACCGAAGGUUUAACUAAAAAUAGAUAUAUUCACAGAACAUUCAUCCAGCCAUCUGACCAUCUCCGUCAACAGGGUAUCAAAUUAAAAUUCAAUCCAUUAACAGAAAACAUUUCAGGUAAAAAAGUUAUUUUAAUCGAUGACUCAAUCGUUAGAGGUAACACCAUUAAGGCUUUAAUUAAAUUAAUUAGAAGUGCUGGUGCCACUGAAAUUCAUGUCAGAAUCAGCUCACCACCAGUUAUGCAUCCAUGCUAUAUGGGUAUUGAUAUGGCCACACAUGAACAAUUAAUCGGUUAUAAUAGAUCAAUUAAAGAAAUCUGUGAAUAUAUAGGUGCUGAAUCUUUAGAAUAUCUUACUCUUCCUGGUUUAAUGAAUAGUGUCAACUCUGGUGUUAAAAAACAAGAUUCAAUUGAAAGCAAACCAAUUUAUACCGAAAAAACCUCAACAGCUCCAAAAAUUAAAAUUGAUGAAAAUAAUCAUUCACAUUGCACUGCAUGUUUUAAUAGCCAAUAUCCUUUAAGUUUAGAUUUUUAAAUACUUUUUUUUUUAAAUAACAAUAAUAAUAAUA